UAUUUCCUUCUUCAUAUCAACCGUCGUUGUCCCCUUCUUUGGCGUCGCCGCUUCUCAGCGGCGUCGGCCCUGCAUCCACAACCCAGCUUCUCUCAUGGCCCCUUUUUCGUCACCAAUUCCUUGCAGCAGGGUGCAUGCAUUGAGGAGCGUGAACAAUGGAAGGGAGUCAGCGACUCAGAGUCAAGGUGGCGGUCGUUAGAGGAAGUGAUCUCAAGUGGGGUUUGGCCAUGUUAGGUGAGCUGAUAUAAAUUCUCCUGGAAAUGUCCACAUCAAUGAAACUGAAAAGGAAACAAAUUACACUCAUCACUUGUGGCGGUUAACUUCUCUUUUGUCAUUUUCAGCGCUUCCUUUCGCUUUCAAUCUCUCUUCUCCACUCCAAUCCUGUCCUACAAAUUUGUAGAAACUCACGACUUGUUGGAUAACUCAUCAUCUGAUUCCGAUUCAGAUUCAGAUUCUUCUUCUUCUUCUUCUUUCACCGACCGACCUUAACAAAUGGCUUCCAAUGGUUGCUCGCCGCCAAUGAAAGCCGCAUCAAAUGGUGCAUUUCAGGGAGAUAACCCUCUUGACUAUGCGGUUCCCCUCGCUAUUUUACAGAUAUGCCUUGUUCUUGUUGUCACAAGGGGCCUCGCAUACCUUCUUAGACCUUUAAGGCAGCCACGAGUUAUUGCAGAGAUUAUUGGAGGAAUAAUACUUGGGCCAUCAGUGCUUGGACGAAGUACAAGCUAUCUGCAUGCAGUUUUCCCACCCAAGAGUCUUACAGUAUUAGAUACUCUGGCAAACCUAGGCAUUAUAUUCUUUCUAUUCCUAGCAGGCUUGGAGUUAGAUCCAAAAUCUCUGCGCAAAACAGGAUAUAAAGUCCUUGGCAUUGCUUUGGCCGGAAUAAGCUUGCCCUUUGCACUUGGAAUUGGUUCAUCAUUUGUUCUGCUAAAAACAAUAGCCAAAGGUGUAAAUAGUACUGCAUUUCUUGUAUAUAUGGGUGUUGCUCUGUCCAUAACCGCAUUUCCUGUGUUAGCCCGCAUUUUGGCUGAGUUGAAACUUCUAACCACUGAUGUUGGUAGAAUGGCUAUGUCAGCUGCAGCAGUUAAUGAUAUAGCUGCCUGGAUUUUGCUCGCACUGGCUGUUGCCUUAUCAGGAAGUAGCCAAUCUCCACUUGUGUCAUUGUGGGUCUUCUUAAGUGGUUGUGGUUUUGUUGUUUGUUCAAUCUUCAUUGUCCUUCCAAUUUUCAAAUGGAUGGCCCAACGAUGCCAUGAAGGUGAGCCUGUUGACGAGGUAUACAUAUGUGCUACAUUAGGUGCGGUUCUGGCUGCUGGGUUUGUUACAGAUGCUAUUGGAAUCCAUUCAAUGUUUGGCGCAUUUGUUCUUGGAAUUUUGGUCCCAAAAGAAGGACCAUUUGCCAGUGCUCUUGUGGAGAAAGUAGAGGAUCUUGUGUCUGGUCUAUUGCUCCCACUCUAUUUUGUGUCAAGUGGACUGAAAACUGAUAUAGCCACCAUUCGCGGGCUGCAAUCUUGGGGUCUUCUGGUUUUUGUUAUAUUUACAGCUUGUUUUGGGAAGAUUGUUGGGACUGUUGGGGUAUCUCUUUUGUGUAAAGUACCUUUUAAUGAGGCUUUAGUGCUUGGAUUCUUGAUGAAUAGUAAAGGCUUGGUUGAAUUAAUUGUCCUCAACAUCGGUAAAGAUAGAAAGGUUUUGAAUGAUCAAACCUUUGCUAUUAUGGUUCUGAUGGCUCUCUUUACUACCUUUAUGACCACUCCUCUUGUGAUCGCUGUGUAUAAGCCCGCAAGGAAGGCAAGAAUAGCUGAUUACAAAUACAGAACAGUUGAAAGGAAAAACACAAAUAGCCAGCUGAGAAUUCUUGUUUGCUUCCACGGUGCGAGAAAUAUUCCGUCAGUGAUAAAUCUGAUUGAGGCUUCAAGAGGAACCCAGAAGCAUGAUGCACUUUCUGUAUAUGCAAUGCACCUUAAAGAACUUUCAGAGAGGUCCUCAUCGAUACUAAUGGUACACAAGGCAAGAAGAAACGGGUUGCCCUUCUGGAAUAAAGCUCGUCAUGCAGGUUCUGACCAUGUCAUUGUGGCAUUUGAGGCUUACCAGAAGCUGAGCCAGGUGUCUGUCCGGCCAAUGAUAGCAAUCUCAUCCGUAGCUAGCAUUCAUGAAGACAUUUGUGGAACUGCUGAGAGAAAGAGAGCCGCAGUCAUUAUCAUCCCAUUUCACAAGCAUCAAGGAUUGGACGGUUCACUAGAUAUCACACGAAGUGAUUUUCGAUCGGUAAACAAAAGGGUACUUGAGCAUGCACGGUGCUCGGUUGGAAUUUUUGUUGAUCGCGGGCUUGGUGGUGCAUGGCAGGUGUCUGCAAGUAAUGUUUCCUAUUUCAUUACUGUGGUUUUCUUUGGUGGUGGUGAUGAUCGUGAAGCUCUGGCUUAUGGAGGUCGUAUGGCAGAGCACCCUGGGAUAAGAUUAGCGGUUCUUCGCUUUGUAAUGGAACCAAGGAUUGUAGGAGAGGUUGUGAGAGUUGAUGUUGGGGAGUCAUCUACUACGGAGGAUGAGUUGUUCCUUGCUGAGUUUAAGGUGAAAAUAGCCAAUGAUGCUUCCAUCAUCUAUGAAGAGAGAAUAGUGAAAAAUGCAGCAGAAAUAGUUGCUGCUAUCCGUGAGUAUAACUGCUGCAAUCUGUUUCUUGUGGGUCGAAGGCCAGCUGGUGAACUGGCUUGUUCUUUGAGAACAGGUGAGUGUCCAGAACUAGGACCUGUUGGCAGUUUGUUGGCAUCACAAGAUUGCGCCACGACUGCAUCGGUUUUGGUCAUGCAGCAGUAUCACUACGGGGUGUCAAUAGAUUCUAUUCCAGACACGGAGGAGCACUCCACUGAUACUGAAAGAGAUGCAGAAUCUGCUUAACGGUUCUGUUCUUAUAUUGCUGCAGAACGAAGGCAUGGGAUAGGAGUCUAGGAAUAAGAAUGUGCCAGCAGGUGUCAGGGCAAUUGAUUUGCAUUAGGUUUGUUUCAUGUAGACUUGUUUCAUGUUUUUUCCAGCAGUAAGUUUGUUUGUUUUUUGGAUUGAGUGUUGUAAGCUAGGUUCAUGAAAGCUUAUUGAGUAAAAAGUAAAAAGUAAAAACAUCACUCUGCUAUCCAAAGACUUGGCUGGUUCUAUUAAAUGUAAAUAAUUUUGAUAUUGAAGAAGUUGUAUCUUCACUUCCCCUAA